AUGCAGAAAACUUGCAUUCAGCAGUCGAUUUUAUCAGCAUUUCAAACGCAAAGUGGCAAAUCGCGUUUAUAAGCGUUUGCAUUUGAAAUUUUUUUUAACUCUUCCAGUUCCUGAUGCAGUCCAGAGCCUUUUUUCAUCAUGAAAAAUGCAUGCAAAGCGUUUUCAAGAUACUCAAAUGGACAAAACACUGAACACAGGAUGUUCCUACCAAGCUUGUCACACAACAAAAGAUAUGUUAAUGACCAGUCACACCUUAAACCUUCCCACCCUCGGAAACAAAAGAAAUGUUAAUGACCAACUCACA